AUGGAGGAAGAAAUUGCUGCAUUAGAACAAAAUCAAACAUGGGAACUUGUGCCAAAGCCAAAAGAUGUGAAGCCUAUAUCCUGCAGAUGGGUUUAUAAAAUAAAGCGUCUCGCAGAUAGGUCAAUUGAGAGGCAUAAAGCUAGUUUGGUAGCUCGAGGAUUCACUCAAGAAUAUGAUUUGGAUUACGAUGAAACCUUCAGUCCAGUGGCAAAGUUUACAACUGUGCGAGUCUUACUUGCACUUGCUGCUAGCAAAGAUUGGAAUUUGUGGCAGAUGGAUGUUAAAAACGCCUCUACAUGGGGAGCUAGAUCGGGAGAUUUACAUGGUUCAACUAAUGGGUUUCCAGAAUCAAGAAAAUCCUGGAUAUGUUUUCGAUGGAGGGAAGAUAGCUAUAGUGCUAGUAAUGUCGACGAUUUGAUUGUAACUGGUGAUAAUGAAGAAGAAAUUCUCCAAACAAAAGAGAAUUUAUCUGUCCGAUUUCACAUGAAAGAACCUGGACAACUCAAUCAUUUUCUUGGCCUGGAGAUUAAUCAUACUCAAGGAGGAAUUUUUCUACAUCAGCAAAAGUAUUCCAGAGAUUUGUUGAAGAAGUUUGGAAUGCUGGAAUGCAAACCAAUUGCAACUCCAAUUGAACCAAAUGCCGAGAUGUGUGCGCAUGAAGGAAAAGAUUUAGAAGAUGUGACGAUGUAUCAGCAAUUGGUAGGUAGUCUGAUUAAUUUAACUCAGACUCGACCUGAUAUUUCUUUUGUAGUUGGAGUGAAGAGUCGCUACAUGCAUAAUCCAAAGAAGCAUCAUAUGGAGGCUGUUCGGCGAAUGCUAAGAUAUAUAAAGAGCACAAUUGAUUAUGGUCUGUUGUAUAAGAAAGGUGAAGAAUGCAAGUUAGUCAGCUACUGUGACUCUGACUAUGCAGGAGACCAUGAUACUCGUCGUUCAACUACUAGCUUUGUCUUUAAGUUUGGAGAUGGUGCAAUUUCUUGGUGCAGCAAGAGGCAACCAACAGUGUCGUUGUCAACAACAGAAGCGGAGUAUCGGGCAGCAGCAGUUGCAGCUCAAGAAAGUACAUGGCUUAUGUAA